AUGUCUAAUUUUUUUUUGUCCAUAAUAUAUAUAUUAUUUAUCCCUUACUUUUGUCGUGCAAGCUUUAAAAAAUAUUUAUCUAAUAAGAAAAUAUUUUUAAAAUAUAAUGGUACAUAUUGUUUAUACCCUGAAAAUGUUAUAGAAAAUGAUAUAAUUGAAAUAGCCACUGAUGAAUGUGAUAAAGUAGCACAUGAAUAUGAGAAUAAAAUUGUUUGGUUUUCGUUUGAUAAUGGAAGAUUAAGAAGCGACAACGGUAUGUGCCUUAAAACGUACAAAAAUAUUUUAGUCAUUUCAACAUGUUCACCUAAUAAAAAUGAAAAGUCUGAAAUGUGGAAAAUAGACGAAGAAAAACAUUUGAAAAAUGAAAACAACAAUUGUGCUCAAAUAGCUGGGAAUAAAUUAUUUUCUUUUACUUGCAAUAAUUUAUCAACUAAAGAAUUUGAACAAUCCAUAUUUUCUUCAGACGAGUUAUAUUUAAUGAAAACAAGAUAUUCCCAACAAAAAUUAAAAAAUAUUAAAACAAAAGAUAUAGAGAAAUUUCAUAGCAAUUUUAAUACUUUAAGUAAUAGUUACAAAGAAGUAGAUACUAAAAUAGUACAUAUUUUAAAUAGAGAUAAACAAAUGAAAAAAGAAAAAGAAAAAAUUCUUCAUUUAAUAGACGAUAUGAAAUUAUUAGUUCAUACAUCUUCAUCAUUAAAUGAAUAUGGUACAGGGGCUAUUAUGAAAAUAUAUGAUAAUAUGGAUAUAGAAAAAAAGAAAUAUUUAUUAACUGUACCAUUAGAAAAAUUAGAAAUUAAUGAGGAAAAAUUAGACCAAAUAGGUAUAGAACAAGGAAAAAUAAAAAUUAUUAUUCAAAGCUUUUUAAAUGUACCACAAAAUAAUACUUAUACAUUUAAUAUAAAAAAUAUCAUAGGAAAUAUAUAUAUAAAAUUAAACAAUGAAGAAAUCAUUUCGAAUAGAAAUAUUCAAAUGAAUAAUAGAAACAAUAAUAGUGCUGUAGUGAAAUUACGCAAAAAUAAAUUAAUCCCUAUAUACAUAGAAAUAUCUUCCAAAGGUAAUGAAAAAACUUCCUUCUCUUUAUAUUGGAGUAAUAAUAAUAUGCCUGAACAAAUCAUUAAUUCUUUAUACUUAUAUAGUACUAUAUAUGAAAAAGUGUGUUAUACACCACUUGAGAAAAAAAUUGAUUUUACCUUAACAUUUGAAAAUAUUACUAAAACUAAUAGAGAAUAUCAAUUUUUGUGUCCAUUGAAAAAUUUUAAUAAUGAUCAAAACGUUAGUAUAUUAAAAAAAGAGAAAAGACCAAAUCCUUGUUAUGAUUUAAAAUCUAGUAUAUGCGCCUCAGCAAUUGAUUCAUAUUUUUUACCAAAUGAAAGUGAAGGAAUUGUAAAAGCAGUUAGACAAAGGAUACAAAAUGAAAAAGGUAUAUAUGAAGAGUGUGGUAUUAUAUUACCUACUAAUACAACUGAACAUAUAUUCAAAGGUAUAACAGAUAUAAAAUUAAUUGAUAUGGAUGAUUUUUUUAUUAAUUAUGAAAAAAAUAAAGAAUUAUACAAAGGUUAUAAAGGUAUAGUAACUGAUGAUAAACAUUCGUUAUUAUAUAAAACUGAUUUAUCUAAAAGUUUUAUAUCUGAUAUUGAUAUAAAUUGUACAAAUAAUUUUAAUAAAAAAAAUAAUUAUGAAUAUAUCUCAGGAUCAUUUAUUAUUCAACGUAUUAAAUCGUCAGAUUUAUUAAAACAAAAUACAUCAAUAGUUGUAGACGUUUUUGCUUUAUUUGAAAAAUAUAGUGAUAUAAAGAAUAUGCCUUCUAUAUAUUUAUCAAAUUGGACUAGGAAAACAUGUAAUGAUAUACAGUUAUAUAUAAAAUAUGGGAAACCAAAUGAUAUAAUGAAAUAUCCAUCAAAACUGUUAUCAUGUGAUGACACAUUUGAUAGUUUAACAUAUCAAAGUAGGGAUGAUAAAAAUAAUAAUAACAUUAGCAACAAUAAUAGUAAUAAUAAUAAUAAUAAUAAUAAUAUCAUUCAUGAUAAUUAUUAUUAUGGUGAUGAUACCAUUGUUGCUAGAUGCUUACCCUAUUGUAUUAAUGAUAAAGAAGUGUUAGGUUCAUAUAUUUAUAUGUCCAAAUCACCCAUUUGCAAAUCGGCUAUACAUUCGGGUAUUAUAACAAUUAAUGGAGGAUUGGUAGAAAUACGAAAGCUAAAAAAUAUUACCCAAAAUUUCAACAGCACUAUAGAAAUUACCAGAAAUGGUGUUAAAGCAAUAAUAGGCACAAAUAAAAACGGAGAUUCUUACUAUAUUACUAAACCCAGUGGUAGACUUUGUAAUUUUCCUAGGACAUCUUACAAUAUAAAUGAAUCAAUAAAUUUAGAAAGCGACAUACAACAUAAGAAUGAUGAAGAUAAAACAAAUAAUAAUAAUAAUAAUAAUAAUAAUAACAACAAUAAUAAUAAUAGUAAUAAUAGUAAUAAUCUUACACAUAAUAACCAUAAUAUAAUUUUUCCUUCAUUCAUUCAGCUGUAUUCCAAAGUAAAUGAAACACUCCCAGUAGUUUUAGUACAUGAGAAACAUGCUGUUCUACCUAAUCAGCUAUAUAAAAUACAAAAUGUAUACAAUCAAAAUAGUUAUAAGAAAGAUUUUUUUUUUUCGCAAAAAAAUGAUACAGUCAAUGAAAAUAUAAGGAAGAAUCCAUCUUCUACACCUUUAGAAGAUGAACAAAAAAAAGAAAAUAAUAAAAUAAAUCAAGAAUUUACUACGUUUGAAAAAAAUUAUAAAAUGGAAAUUCCACAUUAUCAAACAUUAAUUAAGAAAAAUGAAAAUAUUCUUUCGAACUUGUUUAUGAAAAAAAACAGUAUAAAAAAUAUGGAAUCACAAAUAACAGAUAUAAGAAAAAACCAAAAAGACUCUUACGAUAUUUUUGUUAAAACUCAACAAACAAUUGUAACAUCUCUUAUUAAACAAUUUGAUAUAAUAACGAAGAAAAAGGAAAAUCAUAUAAAUAGACUAGAAAAGGCAUUUUCUAAUAUUAAGACAACAACAGUAAAGACAUUCAAAGAACAAUAUGAAUCCACAAAUAUUAAUGAUAAUUAUAUAAUAAUAGAUAGUAUUCAAAAUAAUAGUAUCAAUGGAUCAUCAAAUUGGAAAAUUGAAAAAUAUAAAAAUGGAAAUUUCUUUUCAUCUAUUACAGAAAACUCAUUUAUAAAAUCAGAUGAUGACAUAUACGGAUCAUAUAUACUUUAUCGAUAUACCAAAUUAUAUAAAGGAUUUAUAUCAUUAGAUAUAAAAUUACCAUAUGAAGGAAAUUUUGGAAUAAUCUUUAAAUAUAAAGAUGAUAAAAAUUAUCAUAACUUUAUAAUUAAUAGGAAUGAAUUUUAUUUUUUGGAAGUAAUAAAUGGAACAUUAGGAAACAAAAUUAAUUAUACUAAAACUGAAAAUAAUAUAUAUAAAUUUGGAAUGUGGAUACAAAUCCAUCUAGAUUUUGGUAAUAAAUAUGUACGUACAUUUAUAAAUAAAAAAUUUGUAUGUGGAUAUGAAACCAGAAAUGAUACAUAUGGAUUCCUAGGAUUUGGAGUUAAUCAUUGUAAAGAAAAAAUAUUUAUAGAUAAAAUAGUUAUAGGUUCUUUAGAUCAAACUAAAUAUUACUCAGACAAUGGGCGAAAAAGGAAUAACAUUGAAAAUAUAUUUCCUCCUAAUAUUUAUUUAAAUAAAAAUAUGCAAAUAUUACAAAAUGGGAAAAAAAAAAAAAAUUUUACUUUUAACAAGUAUAAUAAAAAAGAUACAAUAAAUACAGGAAAUAAUAAUUCUAUUGGAUGUAUAUCUUUUGAAGAAAAUUUUAAUACCCCUUUAGAUAACAACUGGAUAGUACCUGACAAUAAUACAUGGCAUAUAAAAAGAAAAGAAACAAAUAUAUACUUACCAUCCAUAUUAAAAAAUUUAAAAAUAUUAUAUGAAAAUCAAGAUAAUUCUGAAACUAAUAAUAUAUCUAAUAAUGAAGAAAAUUAUUUAUAUUCAAUAAAAAAAACAAAUGAAGCAACAAAUAUACUCAUACCAUCUAUUCUUCUUUUAAAUAAACAACAUUUAUGUACACAUAUGAAAUCAUAUACAUUUCAAACUAAUAUAAACUUAAAUAAAAUAUCCAAAGCUGGAAUCAUUUUCAGAGUUCAUUCUAAUGAUGAUUUCUUAUCAGUCAUAUUAGAUAUUUCAGAAAAACAUGGAAAAAUAUAUCUUAUGAAAAUAACCAAAGGAAUACCAUUCCAGUUAUUAACACAAACACAUAUAUCAAUUCAAGAUAACACAUGGUAUAAUUUAAAACUUUCUUAUAAUGGCUCAAAUAUAAAACUUAUCUUAAAUGAUGAAAUAAUUUUUAAUUCAAAAAUAAAGCAAAAUAUGCAUAAACAAUUGGGUACCCUUGGUCUUAUAUUAUUAUCUGGUCAAUGUAAGUACAAAAAUGUUGUAUUUACACCAAGCACAAGUUAA